UCUAAGACCUCGAUAAUAUAAGUUUAUAAUAUUCCAUGGAAAAUCAAUGUCGUUUUUUCAGGAAGAAGGAUAUGGGCAGUGUUCAAACUCUGGUUUGUGUGAAGCGGGUGAAGCAAGAUGAGCAAGAAGAGUGGGAUGAGAGCAUGCCGUUGCCAGGAGACAUUAUUGAAGGUUUUGCUGAAAAGGAUGUUGAUGAGUUAUUUCUGCCUGCAAAAGCUAGAUCUGAACUAAGUUCACAACUAGGAAAGAUCGGUCAGAAGGUGGAGACGAUAUGGGUGAAGGUUAGAAGGGGUGAUGCAACACAUAAGCUUCGUGUUCGUGUUGUGGCAAAGAAAGGUUCAAUGCUGCAGAGGAAGUACACAAUUAGAGCGGCAAGGGAUGACAGACAUGUUGCAGUUCUAGGUGACUUGACCUUAGAAAAAUGCACUAAUCUCCAAGAAAUGAGCAGGAGGGUGCUGAAUGUGGACUUCAGGGGGUUCAACAGAAAGGAAGUGAAGUAUGAUUGGAAGACGAAAGUGGGUACUUACAUGCCGGACCAAGGAUCUACAGUUAUUAGUUCCAUUCUUUUCUUGCCCUUUCAAGGUGAAUUUUCCAUUGAGGCUACUCUAUCCAGGAGCAUGGCCUGGUUUACAGCAGCAGUAUCUACAGGGGCACCUCUUGUCUUUGUCAAUAUCCAAACAGAACAGAUUGUGACAUCGGAGAAAACCAAUCCUAGUGGAAAGGAAAUAAGUAGAGGGAAGCAACAAAACCACACUACAACUGUAGAAUUAUUGCAGGGCAUAAGGCUAUGGUUCCUACCAGGAGUUGAUGAAGUUUCACUUGAAAUGAUACCAGAACCAGAAGAAGGUCGAUUUGGAUUGGACAUCAAACGGACAGACGAGGGGUUUAUCUGCAUCUACUCAGUAAUAAACGGUUCAGCUGCCGACCGUGCUGGGCUGCAGCAACUACUUGAAGAAGCAAAUGCCAAAAAGCAUCUAAUUGUUAUCUCUCGAUUAGAAGGCAAGAGUCUAAUGCCUUCGAGUGUUAGCUCAGCUGGGCUUAUACACUGUUGUGAUCACAAUGAAAUAAGAGAUACCCUAGUUUUAGCUAUCGAGAGAAUGGAUAUAGUCCAACUCCACAUCAUGGCCUGGCCUAACCAAACUCGUUCUGACACCCCUCGAGCAAUCGGUGCUGCUGCGACCCUCCAGCCUCCCAGUGGAUACUAUCACUCACCGCCAUUGUGAUCGAAUUCAAAUGUGGGACUGUUUCGUGCUAUGAGCAAGUCCUCGAGUCAAAUUAAGUCAUGUAAAUAGCCAUAAAGAAAACAAGGGCAUUGUCUGGAACAACAAACCGAGUAUCAUCUAAAGUGCUUGCAAAAAGUUUGCAUGAGAAUAAUCUUCUUUUUCUCCAGCUUUUGUUUCCUUUUCAGAAUCACAAGAGCUCACACGCAAUUCCGAAUUAUAACUACC